GAUAGAGACAAAAAUAUAUAGGAGAUGGAGAAGUGGCUAAUGUGGCAAGUUUCUGAAAAUAGGCAGUCUUUAUUAACUCAUAAGACAAAUGGUUCACAUGCAUCUCUUAUAUAAACUCAAACUACAGAUCCCAGGCAGCACUGCAAUAAUAGACACGUGGACUGUUCUUUUCUUCUCUGUAAACAGCCAAUGAGAGGCAGAGUUUACAAAGGUCUAGGAUGACAUCUGGUGUAUUGACUGUGGCCAGUCUUAAAGCUAGUUUUUGCUAUGUGGAACAUGCUGCUCUAAUUCAGAUUUAAAGAGUUUCUUCCUGUUAAUUCGAAGCUCACUGUGCCUCUUGUUUCCGAGGGAAGAAGGACUGAUUAAGUCAUCUAAAUGGAUGCAAUACUGAAUUACAGGUCAGAAGAUACUGAAGAUUACUACACAUUACUGGGAUGUGAUGAACUAUCUUCGUAGAGAUGAGGUUUCACCAUGUUGGUCAGCCUGGUCUCCAAUUCCUGACCUCGUGAUCCGCCCACCUUGGCCUCCCAAAGUGCUGGGGCGUGAGCCACCACACCUGGCCUAUGUGUUGAACAAAUCCUGGCAGAAUUUAAAGUCAGAGCUCUGGAAUGUCACCCAGACAAGCAUCCUGAAAACCCCAAAGCUGGUAGACCCAGGAGUUAAAUCAGAAUGUCUCGCAAGACUUCCAGCAUCAUUUGCUCCUAUGAGCUUACAAAAUGAGAUCUCUCUUCCCAGAACUGUGGAGACUUUUCAGAAACUGCAGAAGGCAAAGGAGAUUCUGACCAAUGAAGAGAGUCGAGCCCGCUAUGACCACUGGCGAAGGAGCCAGAUGUCGAUGCCAUUCCAGCAGUGGGAAGCUUUGAAUGACUCAGUGAAGACGUCAAUGCACUGGGUUGUCAGAGGUAAAAAAGACCUGAUGCUGGAAGAAUCUGACAAGACUCAUACCACCAAGAUUGAAAAUGAGGAAUGGAAUGAGCAAAGAGAAAGAAAGAAAGAGGAGCUGGCUUCAAUCGCAGAGAAAACGGAGCAGAAAGAACCCAAGCCCCUAGAGAAGUCAGUCUCCCCGCAAAAUUCAGAUUCUUCAAGUUUUUCAGAUGUGAAUGGUUGGCACCUUCGUUUCCGCUGGUCCAAGGAUGCUCCCUCAGAACUCCUGAGGAAGUUCAGAAACUAUGAAAUAUGAAAUAUCUCUGCUUCAAAAAAUGAGGAAGAGCAAGACUGUCCCCUAUGCUGCCAACAUGCAGUCUUUGUUUAUGUCUUAAAAAUGUCAUGUUUAUGUCAUGUCUGUGAAUUGCUGAGUACUAAUUGAUUCCUCCAUCCUUGAAUCAGUUCUCAUAAUGCUUUUUAAAUGAGAAAAAUUCAGAAGACGAAUUUCUUCCAAUAUUUAAAUAAAUUAAAGCUCUUAGAUACAGAGUAGGUUGUAUUAUAUGCUUUUUCCUAUUAAUACUACUUAUAGAAAUCCAUUAAAAAAUCAAUCUCUGUACAGUGUAUUUAAAUAUUUCAUUGACAUACUGUGAUCUCUAUUAGUGAUGGAUGUACAAAAAUUGUUUUCUUACCCUUGACUUACAAUGAAAUGUGAAAUUACUUGUCUGAACCCCGUGGGGAAAAAUAAAUAAUUUUCCCAAAGUUCAUAAAUGAA